AUGGCGCCAAAGAACGCAAAGCCUUCCAAGGGCAAACCGAAGCCGCAGGAAGAACAGAGGGAGGGGCCGUUGCAGGCAAUAGUGCUUGCGGAUUCAUUUGAGACCCGUUUCAGGCCUUUCACUUUAGAUACACCCCGUUGUCUCCUUCCACUCGCCAAUACUCCGAUCAUUGAGUACACGCUCGAAUUUCUUGCUAGCAAUGGCGUUCAAGAAGUCUUUGUCUACUGUGGCAACCAUACCGACCAACUAGAGGAGUAUAUCAAUAUCUCAAGAUGGAAGCGAUCCUCCUCUCCCUUUCAAUCGCUCACUCUAAUCAAGACUACUGCCACCUCUGUAGGCGAUUGCAUGCGCGACCUUGACAAUAGAGAUUUGGUUACGGGCGACUUCCUUGUCGUAUCCGGCGAUGUUGUUUCGAAUGUCAAUCUGGCUUCUGCGCUUUCAAGACAUCGCUCUCGGAAAGGAAAGGACAAGAAUGCUAUCAUGACCAUGGUUCUGCGAGAAGAGGGUUCGGGAAAGGUGCUGCGUAGCAGACGACGUAAACCUGUUUUUGUACUGGACCCUAAAACGGAAAGGUGUCUACACUAUGAGGAACUGAGUAGCACGGAUGGUGAUAGGCAUGUGAUGCUCGAUCCAGACUCCUUAACGUCACACCUCGAAAUAGAAAUUCGUGAAGAUCUAGUAGACCCACAUAUCGACAUCUGCACUCCGGAUGUGCUUGCAUUGUGGACGGAGAAUUUUGAUUACCAGAGUCUGAGAAGAAGCUUUUUAUUCGGCGUAUUGAAAGAUCACGAACUGAACGGAAAGACUGUACAUGCGCACAUACUAAGUGAUCAUUUCGCUGCUAGAGUAGCAAGCUUGAAAGCCUAUGAUGCAAUUACGCGUCACGUUCUUUCAAAACGGACCUACCCAUUUUGCCCUGACAGUAACCUUCUAACUGAUCAGACUUAUCAAUCGAGAGAGGGUAGAUUAUACCAAGAGCAAGGAGUGCAGUUCGGUAUGACGUCCAAGAUCUCUGGUCGAUGCGCUUUUGGAGCCGGAACCAGUAUCGGAGAGAAAUGCCUGAUUUUGAACAGCACUGUGGGGAGAAGAUGCAAUAUUGAGAACAACGUUACGCUCGAGAACACGUUCGUAUGGGACGAUGUACAGAUUCGGGAUUCUGCAAGAAUAGAAGGGCCAACUAUCAUAGCAGGCGCUGUCACCAUUCAACGCUCGGCGGUCAUUUCCCCUGGUGCUACGAUUGCCUUCAAAUCAAACAUUGAAGGUAGCAAGACAGUUGGUGACAUUAAAGUCCGAUCGGGCGAGAACGGCUCACAGAACACAAAGGGCCUUGACAAUGAUUCUGAUACCUCAAACAAUUUGUUCUUGAGGCUCCCUUACAAGAACUCCUCUGCGGCGAGCUCUCAAUCAUCAAUUUCAACCUUUGCUGCUUCAGAGGAUGAGUUCGAGCCAAGGGACUCAUCACGCCGAAGCAGCUUCCGCUCCGAUCCUUCGGACGAAACAGCUCAAAAUAGAGACUUUCAAAUUGAGGCCACAGCAAGCAUUCUCGACGGUCUUACUAAAGGUGAUGCAGCGGAUACAAUCUUCUUGGAGCUCAAUGGCUACCGCAUGUCUGUCGAUGCAAGUCAGCAUGAGGUCAGACACGCCGUUGUUGUGGCUUUCGUCCGACACGUCUUCAAUAUCACUGAGAGUAUUAGCCUGCGAGACGCGAUCCAGCAGGUGAUUUCUGAUUACAAAAGUUUAUUUAGGAGGAUCAUCUUAGAUGAGACCGCAGAGCAAAAAUCAGACCAGGUCGAUCUUUUGUUGAUAGUGCAGAAGGAGCUGGUUGGUAGACCUAAAGGAGAUCAGGUGCUUCUUUUCAUUGCUAAGGAGAUGUACGAUCAGGAUGUGAUAGAGGAGGAGGGUGUUUUACAAUGGUGGGAAGAUGAAAAGAGUAGUGCUGGGGAGAUGGGUCAGAUUAGAGGAUUGACCGAGCCAUUCAUCACAUACCUCGAGGAAGCUGAAGAAGCUGAGGAUAGUGGUGAAGACGAAAUGCUAAUGGGAGUGACCUUUGGGGGCUCCUUAGGUGCUGAGGCUGCUUGGACGAGGCUGUCGAAAGCCGGGGUCUUCCUCAUGUCUGAUACGUCUCGAUCGGACACCGUUCUCUCCAAUUCGGAGUUGGAACGCGCUCUUCAAGAUGCUGUUCGCAAUGUCUACAAGCGCGAGGACCUAGGAAAUCUUACCGUGAAGCGCAUUCGGAAAGCUGUGGAAGAGCAGCUAGAUUUGGAAGUGGACUUUUUCAAGAACCACAUUGAUUGGAAGGACAGAAGCAAGGACGUCAUUCAAUCGGAAGUGGAUGCCCAUAAUGAGAACAUCGAGGGCAGUCGAGGGCAGCGCGCUUCGCCAACAGAUGCGGAUCCACUACCUCCACCGGUCAAGUCCAGCCCGAAGAAUCGUGGAACUAAACGCGCUUCCAGCGAGUUAGCGGAGGCGAAGCCAAGGAAGAAGCAGAAAAGUAUACCCAAGGUCGGGAGUUCCUUGAGCGAAAGAGAAUCAAAGCCAAAAGAUACUGUAACAAAGAGCCAUAAUAGAAGCCCGAGAGCGGACUUAAUUUCUUCUCAAUCUGAAGCAAAUACAGAUCUGGAAGCUCCAAAGCCCAAUUCAAAUGGUGCCAAAGCUCAAGACUCGGAGAGUGACAUGUCAGUACUCUUAGACGAACCCAAAGUGACAAAGAAGAAGAAGCGUCAGAAGUCAGAGUCAAAGCCCAAAAUCAAUAAGUCCAAUAGUGCAAGCAAACCUAUGAGAAUAUCGGAAGCCACAGUAGACCCCGAUAAUGAAGAGAUUAAGCGGCUCCAAGGAUGGCUAGUAAAGUGUGGCAUCCGAAAAAUGUGGUUCAAAGAGUUAGCGCCACAUGACACCCCGAAGGCCAAGAUCAAGCAUCUUAGGGUGAUGCUGUCCGACGCGGGUAUGGAGGGGCGUUAUUCGAAGGAAAAGGCGGACCAGAUCCGGGAGGAGAGGGAAUUAAAGGCAGAUCUGGAAGCUGUUCAAGCAGGCAACAAAGCAUGGGGAAACGACCAUGGCCAAGAAGUGGAUGACGAAGCUGAUAGAAGACCAAAAAGGCGAAUCGCAAAAGGUCUGCAGGGUCUUGAUUUCUUGAAUGAUGAUGACGGAGAAGAGACGGAUUGA